GAUCUAUCUCUAAAGUAGCUGCAAGGAUUACAUGAGGUAUAGUUAUUAAAAUAAUUAUCAAAGUGCCUGACAGAGAGUAGUUUUGACUGAAUGGAAUGUAUCAUUGCAGGAACUUACUGAAGGAGAGUGACACUUCACUCAGACCACCAUGCUAUCUCUUGGGAACUUCACUUCCACAACUUUCUUCUUGAUGGGAGUUCCAGGGCUGGAAGUUUUCCACAUCUGGAUCUCCAUUCCUUUUUGCUGCCUCUGUGUGAUCGCCCUCUUAGGGAACAGCACUAUCCUCUAUGUGGCGAUCACAGACUCCAGCCUCCAUGAGCCCAUGUACUAUUUCCUCUCCAUGCUCUCAGCCACUGACAUGGGCAUCACCAUUUCUUCUCUUCCCACAACACUGGGUGUCCUCUGGUUCAAUGCUAGGAUCAUCAGCCUAGAUGCCUGCAUUGUGCAGAUGUUCUUUCUGCAUGGAUUUACCCUCAUGGAGUCCUCUGAGCUUUUGACCAUGGCUUUUGACCGUUUUGUUGCCAUCUCCAACCCCUUAAGAUAUGCUAUGAUUUUAACGAACUCCAGAAUCAUCAAAGCUGGAGUAGUGAUUGUUGUACGAAUGCUGUUCAACCUGAUGCCCUUGCUGCUGCUUCUUAAGCGGUUGUCCUUCUGUGGUUUUAAUAUGCUUUCUCACUCCUACUGCUAUCACCCUGAUGUUAAGUGCUCUUGCUCAAGUAUCAAGGUUAACAGCAUCUGUGGCUUAAUUGCUCUCAUUCUGACAUCUGGUGUUGACAUUCCCUGCAUUUUCCUUUCCUAUGUGCUAAUCAUUAAAUCCAUCCGUAGCAUCGCUUCGCCAGAGGAGAGAAAUAAGGCCUUUGGCACCUGCGUCUCUCACAUUGGUGCUGUUGCCAUCUUCUAUAUCCCCUGGGUCAUUUUGGCCCUAGUACAUCACUUUGGUCAUAAGGCUUCUCCAUAUGUCCAAUCUUUAUUCAUAGGCUCUUCUGAGCUGAUUGAAGAAUUUGGAAUUCUGACGAUAUAA